AUGAGCGGAGGUCCAAUCCCAGUUUGGAAAAAAUACACAUCCAGACCCACAGGAAUCUGGGAAAAAUUAAGACAAGUGUUGGUGCUUGUGCCCAACAGAUCUUCUGGUAACCCUCUUGUCCAGUUUUUCAGAGCCAUUCCACCAGGUGCCAGAAUUGAAGAAGCCAACAACUAUAAGGAGCCUGGUACCAUUCCAGCAUCGGACAUCAAGGGAAACCCAUACUAUAAGCGUGACUACAGAAGAAAUUACCCUCAGGUUCACGGCUUCAACCAGACUAAAGUUUCUGGUUUGUUGACAUUGGGUUCUGCUGCCAAACCCAGAGUUUCCAUUGGCGAGAAGGGUACCAAAGAAUUGGCUGCAUUUUCUCCUGGCCAGGUUGUGAGCUUGUCGACCACUUUGACAUCUCUUGACCCUAAGGUCGUCAAGGGCGAAGUUUUGGGCCAAGCUGGAGAACCAAUUGUGGCUCCUUCUUUGCGCAAAUUCCAGUGGAAAGUUUUGGAGGAACCACAGCACGGAAUGUUCACAGACGAGUACCCAUGUCGUAUUUUCAGCGACUCAACCCCGGCUUCCUCUGCCAAAUAG